GUAAUGUGAUGUUACUCACUCCUGUACAGCAGGCGGCGGUAGGCACCUUUAAACUGUUUGAGAUCCGCCAUCUAUUUCCAGAGAAGAAGAACAAGGAACAUGUCCAGGCGUCUUUCAGACUGUACACGUGCUACCUCAAAAGAAAAUGACUGCAAGGACGGUUCAAUUUGUUGAGGAUGUCAGAGUCGUCCAAAAGAAAUAAAGCUGCCCCAAGGGGGCUUUUCAGCAACUACAGAUAUUUGUGCAGAAAAUCCCUGAUGCUUCAUGCCAUGGACAACGCAAGAGCCAGGAAGAAAUGGCAGCAGAAUUUAUUGAUUGCCAAUGUGAAGAGGAAAGCAAUGGAGAACCAAACUGAACCACUGGACACUGAACUGUUAAAAAAAACUAAAUCAACCAAUGCAAACCAGGAAAAUCAAAGCACUCUGGACUGUGAAAACAGGAGCACUGCUGCAGCUGAAGCUGGCCUCUCUGAGAAGCACAAUGUGGCCCUCAGAGAGAGCUGGGAUGUGGACAGUGGUUUCUCCUCUGAGGCGAGUCCUCCAACCAGCGGGCGAAGCUCACCCUGCCUCAGCCCGGGCUCCACCACAGUGGUGGCAUUAGACUGUGAGAUGGUGGGGACGGGGCCCAGUGGGCGCUGCAGUGAGCUGGCCCGCUGCAGCAUCCUGGACUAUCACGGCAACGUGUUGUAUGAUAAAUAUAUCCGGCCGUGUCAUCCCGUCACAGAUUACAGGACGCGCUGGAGCGGCAUCCGGAGGUAUCACCUGCACAAUGCCGUGCCCUUCAAUCAGGCCAGGGUGGAGAUCCUCAGUAUUCUUGAGGGCAAAGUGGUCGUCGGCCACUCCAUCUACAACGACUUUGAGGUAUUGGAUGCGGUCCACCCUGCUCACAUGGUCAGGGACACAUGUACGGCACGCUACCUUAGCCGGCUGGCCGGAUUCCCCAGCGAACGCUGCUCUUCCCUCAAAAUCUUGGCCAAUAAGCUGCUAAACCGGAAGAUACAGGUGGGGAAGCGGGGUCACUGCUCCGUGGAGGACGCGCUGGCCUCCCUCGACCUCUACAAGCUGGUGGAAGGCGAGUGGGAGCGGGAGCUGCAGAACAAGCUGAGGGACGACAACGCUCCACACGAGCCCAGCUUCGCCGCUUCAAACCACUUCAUGCAGGAUGAGUACUGGCCUGGUGAUGUCAUAGUUGACAGCCAAUGACAGGACAGUAUUCAUGAAGUGUGAAUGUGGGGAUAUACCUCAACAGAUUUCAUUAUGUAUGGGGAUGAACAGUCAUCAGAGCAGAUUCAGAUAACUAUAAUUAAUGUGAAUUACAAAAGAUUCACAGUUAAUAAAAGCUGGAUAAAAAGUAAUGCUAAAUUGGUCAUUUUGAGAGGGAACGGGAGAAGAUUAUCUAUAUUUUCCCGCUUGAGAAGUGGAACUAUAUAACUCGUUGGGAUAUUACUUUAUCACCUGAAUGAGAAUGCGAUGACUAUAACAUAGUUGGAGUUCCCAAGAGCAUGUUUUUGCUCUGACAGCAGAUAUUUCCCAUAGAGUUGUUUGUUGUGACAGAUUGAAUGAUAUUUAUUGGGUGACAAAUGUUGGUGCGCUUAAAGUUUGGGCUUAUUAACUUAUGAUGUGAAGAGUUUGGAGUUUUAAAACAGUAUUUGCUCUUACUUGAAAUGUAACCUUUAACUAUUAUUGGACAUGGAACUGAUCUUACGCCACACGUACUCCUUUUUGUGAAACCCAAAAGUACUUUUCAAUUGAGUUUGUUUUUAAAAUGACUGAUGGAAAUGUGGUUUCAGUACACAAGAUGCAGCUUUUUCCAAAAAUAAAAAGGUUUUAUAUGGUUAAAGGCAUUGUUAACACAUUUUUUAAAAGUAGUUCAAACUAUUGUAUUAAAUUGUGUCUUUGACUUCCAUGUACAUGUGGCCUUAAAGGUUUUAUAUUUUACCAAUUAUGAAUGGUAAUGAUGUUAUAUCGUUACCUUUCGCUGUAAUAAGCUCUUAAAUGUCCCAAUAAAAAUGCAUCCUGUUCAAAUUGAACUUUAUUGCUAUGUUUGCUUUCAACAAGUGAAUGUGACAACUCUAUGGAAACUGAAACAUAAUAAAUACAUUAUUUUGACUGAUA